AUGGAUUCAGAAAAACGAAUUGGAGGAAAAUUUGUUAUCGGCUCAAAAAUAGGUGGAGGGUCCUUUGGUGAGAUUUUCAAUGGAAUAAAUAUAAACACAAAUGAUAAGAUUGCUAUAAAAUUCGAGCCAAAUGGAUGCAAAACUCCUCAAUUAAUUUCAGAAGCAAAAAUUUUAAGAUCCCUAGAUAAAGGUAUAGGAAUUCCUAAAAUUUUUUGAUAUGGCAAUGGAGAUGAUGGGAGUUAUAUGGUAAUGGAAUUACUAGGGCACUCCUUACUCUCCCUCUCUCCGUGAGGAACAAAACCAUUGGAAAAAUCCCUAUUUUUUUGCCAAAAACCCACCCUCCGUGAGCGAAACAAAAAUUUUUUAUGAAACAAAUUGUAUAUAUAAGUAAUAAUUAAAAAAUGAAAUCUUUAACUAUUUAGUUUUAAACAGCUUGCAUUUUAAAACAUAAAUUUUACAAAUUAAAUAGAUAUUCACUUUCUAAUUUUUGCGAAUUGGGGUUUUUUUAAUUUUAAAAAAAAAAUUUACUCUAAAAUUUAUAUAUAUUAAAAAAAUUAACCCGAACAAAAUUUUUUUUUUUGCUCGCGGUGGGAGGGAGCUAGAAGAUCAGUUUAGUACGUGCCAUAGAAAAUUUACAUUAAGGACGACCAUUAAACUUGCAGAUCAAAUGCUGCAUCGGAUUGAAUUUGUGCACAAUAACAAUAUAAUUCACCGAGAUAUCAAGCCUGAUAAUUUUAUUAUGGGUUUGGGCUCAAAAUCAAAUAUUGUUUAUAUAAUCGAUUUUGGGUUGAGUAAAAAAUACAGAGAUCCACGCACAAAGCAGCACAUCCCUUAUCGUGAAAAUAAAAGUUUGACAGGUACAGCUCGCUAUGCAUCGAUAAAUACUCAUAUGGGUAUUGAACAAUCCCGCCGAGAUGAUUUAGAAAGUAUAGGCUACUCUAUUAUUUAUUUCUAUAGAGGUAAUCUUCCAUGGCAAGGAAUUAGAACAGGCACCAAACAAGAAAAAUAUCAAAAAAUCAUGGAAAAAAAGAUUGGAACUCCACUGGACCAGUUGUGUAGAGGUUUCCCACAAGAAUUUAUAUACUGAAUCAUAAUAAAUCCCCUGAUAUAUAUCUUUUUAGCCUUUAUAUUAAAAUAGUAAAACCCACCAUAAAUAGUAUAAAUUACAUGAGCUAUUGUAGAUCUUUGCACUUUGAAGAAAAACCAGACUAUGACUAUUUAAGACGUCUUUUUCAAACAGUUGCAACUACUGAACAAUUUUCAAGUGAUUCGAAGUUUGACUGGGUUAAAACAACAGCUUCUUCCCAUGGAAGUUCUCGAUCAGUAAACCGAAGACAUAAACAUAAAAAAGCAAAACACACAGAGCCUCAACCUUUGCCACUAGAAGAAAAAAUAAGCUACACAGAGUCAGGGAGUGGUACGAAAACGCUAGUUAUGGAUUGCAACGGCUGGCCGGAGUUUAAAAAUAGAGAUAAGAUCUUAAGAUCUAGGCAUGAAGUUGAUUUGACAAACCUUCUGCCGAUUGCAAAUAUAAAAGCAGGAUGCAGUGUAUAUUAA